GAGGGCUGUCUGGGCGGAGCUUCGGAGAGUGCCGCGCCGCCUGGCUUCGCUGUCGCCGACGUCGUCGUCCCCGAACGCUCAACUGCCGCGUCGUCGUCGCUCGUCUCGCUCAUCUGCACCUUUCUCUGCACCUUCAUCUCCGUCGACAUGUCUGACCUCUGCCCCGUCUACGCUCCCUUCUUCGGUGCCAUGGGUUGCACCAGCGCCAUCGUAUUCACCUGCAUUGGUGCUAGUUAUGGGACGGCCAAGUCAGGAGUCGGCAUUUCCGCCAUGUCCGUCCUCCGCCCGGACCUGAUGAUGAAGUGUGUUAUCCCCGUCAUCAUGGCUGGUAUCAUUGCCAUCUACGGUCUCGUCGUGUCGGUCUUGAUUUCCGGACAGCUCGCCAUGCACAUGUCACUCUUCCAGGGCUUCGUGCAGCUCGGUGCCGGUCUCUCGGUCGGUCUUGCUGGUCUCGCGGCAGGUUUUGCUAUCGGUAUCGUCGGUGACGCUGGUGUGCGAGGAACCGCUCAGCAGCCACGACUCUUCGUCGGCAUGAUCCUCAUUCUCAUCUUCGCCGAGGUCUUGGGUCUCUAUGGCCUCAUCGUUGCUCUCAUCAUGAACUCUGCGGCUUCGGACGCUUCCGGCGUUGUGAGUAGUUCUCAACACUCAUGACGUAACAUUCACUCAACCCACUCCCCUCAGUGUACCGCAUGAAAAUACGCGACAAGCGGCAUACAAGACAUGAUUGUUGCAGCAGGACUCUCGGGGGAGCUGGCUCAGGCAUCGUCUACCGUUCUCACUUACCAUACAUACCUUCCGCUCAUGAGGAACUGAAGUGCAUUCACAUCGUCUCAAACUACUCGCGUUCUCGAUAUUAUAUAUUGGCAGGAACUGUGCUGUGCCUGAGUGAUAUGUUGAACCCUGAUUAAGACCUUGUUGCCGGAAGGA